AUGUCGAAUAUCAUUGAAAACGUGGUGGGGGGCGUCAGGGAACUGGUCACUCUCGCCGAGGGCUACCUCAGCCCUCCUGAUGCGGACGAGAGUGCUUCGGAGGGCAGUGUCCCCUCUCGAAGACCUUCUCCCGCCCAACCCUUGUCUAUCCCAACAGCCUCUACCGUUUCUGCUGCUACAACAUCAUCGACCACGACCCAGCUAUCCACUUCCAAAUUCUCCCUCCCCCGACAUGCUUCCCUCAUUCAGACUUUCGACGUCCCUUCCGGGUGGAUACAUCUGCCAGCAACAUACCUCUUUGGCGACGGUGGGGGAGAUGUGGGGCAGCGGCAGGUCAGGUCGUUUGGGCUGAGAAAUGUCGGGGGCGAAGGUAGGGAUGUAGAGGUUGAGGUGGAGAGUGAUCUCAAGGGGCAGCUGGUGUUUUGGGUGGGGGAUGACGAAAAGAGCAUCCCGUCUUCAUCGUCGUCGACUUCGUCGCUAUCAACAACCACCGGCUCCCCUUCCCUUAUCCUCCACAUGCCUCCCUCUUCAACCACCAUGAUCCACCUCGCAUUCCAACCACUCCUCUCCAACCGAUCUCCUGUCCCUUCUUCCCCAUCCUUCUCCGACAACGACGGCGGUUUCACCCCCCGUGUCAAACCCGUCCUCGACCUGACCGACAGCGGCGACUCUGGCCGACUCUCGCCUGUCGGCUUGGACGAUGCUGCGAGCGGCAACGGCAGCGACGGAGUCAGCGUCAGCGCAGGGAGCAGCCAGAGUAUCGCCGGGAGUCUCAACAGCCAGAUCAUCCCCGAAUCUACCAAGCGGGGCGAACCAAUCCACCGAGCAUUCUCGGUGCACGGCUCCAUCUCUAUCCGUGCCGUCUCUGCCCUCCCCCCCCCUGCGCCCCCGUCCGAGCUCUCACAUCAGAUGAUAGCGCUCCCAUUCUACGCGACUGUAUGCCGGUCAUUCUUCACAGCCGGCGCCAUCUCGCCCACUUCCGGGCUCGUAUCCGGCCCCCAACAGUCCUCUGGCGAGCUCGUCUUGGAUUUUGGUGGGGAGAACGUCGUGGGCAAACGGUAUCACCGUGAUGUCUUGCUCGUGAACCGGUCAGAGAUUGAACUUGUCUGGGGGACUAUGGUGGUGAACGCACCGGACAAGGAGAAGGUCUGGUUUGAGCUGCGUGAUCUAGAUUCGGAGAAUGUCUUUGGGGUCGACCACUCUGCAGGACCCGUCCCUCUCCCUGCCUUGUCCUCUCGGCACUUGAGAUUGUCUUUACACUCCAAGUUGCCGGUACAAGACUUUUCAUUCUCCUUCCUCCUCACCAACCCUCAUCAACCAGGCAACACCCUCACCUGCCUCGCCCUAGGUUCCAUCCUCCCCUCGCCGCCAGACGAGUCUCUGCAGAUCCUUACGGGUCCUACUCUGGAUUUUGGAAAAGCGACAGACAAGGUUUGGUCGAGGCAGGUUAUUGCUGUGCGUAAUACGGGUGAUCGGGCGGUGGAUGUGAGGUUUGGGAAAGAGGAGGGGUAUGAAGUCGUCUUUCGGCUGGCGGGGGUGGCUGGGGAAGACGUUGAGGAAGAGGGUCUGGUACCGAUCGACUCGAGCGGAGCCGAUGGUUCCGGCCUGGGAAGGGUCCCAAAGCCAGUACUGGCCAGAGGGACGAGCCGAGACAAGUACAGCUCUACCAGGGCUUCGUCGCGCGACCAUCCCUCGAACGCUUCAGGCGCCACCAUCUCCGAAACAGCAUACUCGAGCUCCCUCCAGCCGACGACGGAGGAAGAUCCCGAGUCGCUCGCUUCUGGUUCUCCGAGCUCGCGUUCUUUGUCGAGGACUACGUCGAGGGGAUCGAGUAGCCAGCAGGCGGUAGGGUAUGAUGGGUUUGGGCACGAGUCGGAAGGGGAGGAGGUUGAGCCGCCGUUCUUUGGGGGUUCGGAUUUGCCUUUUGUGGUGGGAGGUUCUGUGGAAGAUGGUGAUGGGAACUCGGCGGAGAGGGAGUAUACACCCACCGUCCCAAAGCCAACACCCGCGCCGACUACUGAAGAAGAGAUCAUCCCGAACCAGAUCGAAGAAGUGACCAUGCGACCCGGGACAGAAUACCGGAUAGCAGUUCUCCACCGACCGCGGCCUCCCUCUGCUGCGUCGUUUAGCUCUGAUGGCGAAAAUUGGGAGGAAAAUGCCGGGAAAUUGCGCAAGUCGAGCUUUAAAGUGUUUUUGGACGCUGUGCCGAGUUCGGUCAGGUCGAACCAUGCUCAUCAUGGGUCGAAUCCGCCCGGUAAAUCUCGACGGACGAUCUCUUGCUCCAUCAUGUCUUGCACCUCUCUCAUCCGUCUUUCGUCGGGCAACGUCAUUGACUUUGGUCAAGUCACUGUCGGUGCCUCCAAGACAACAACGAUCAAGAUUGAGAAUCUGAGUGAGCUGGAGGCGAGGGUGGAGAUUGCGGCGAUGAGUAAAGUGUUGAGUGCUGAGAAGGGGCUGAUCAUGAUUCCUGCGAAAGGGACAGUGGAGGAAAAGAUGGAGUUUUUCCCGAGGAGGAUCAAUGAAAAGUAUGAGAAGCAGAUAUUUGUGCGGAACCGUCUCAAUCGAGCCAAUGACCAGUUGGUAGAGAUAAAGUCCCGCAAUGUGGACGUCUACAACCUCACCCUUCACUCUCAUCUCUACCGCAUCCUCACGCCGUCCGGCUCCAAUUUUCUCGACUUCUCCUCGGUCGUCAUCAACUAUCCCACCGUGCGCACGAUCCACAUUGAGAAUCUCUCCCAAGCACCUCUUGUCCUCGAUCUGUCGGCUUCGCAGCCGGAAGAUAUUGGCCUGUUUGUGAGGGAGGAAGAUAGUAUUGCCAAGGUCCGCCCGGGAUUGAUGGGGCGGUAUGCUGUGGAAGCGCAGGAUUACGAGCAAACGUCUGCGGACGGGAGCGGUAAUGGUGGGAAUGGCGGGGGCAAGGGGAAGGAGGGGAAGGGUGGAGAGUUGAAAGAGCGCUUCAUGGAAGAGCUCAAUGAGAAGAGUGUCAACGGCAAAGCUGCCGAGUCCAAGGGCAAGGGCAAGAAAGGCAGGGAGAAGAGUGAGACGGGAGGGCCGAAGAAGGAGGAGGGAGAGAGGCCUGUUGGCGUUAGUGUUGGGGCGGCGUUGAAGAAGGGAAGCCGAGGAAAGCCUGUACAGCUGUAUGGCAAUUCGGUAGUCUUCAAAGACCGCUCCCUUCUCCAACCGCACGAGUAUCUCGACCUUGCCUCUGGCCCUCCUAUUGCCUCGCACCGCUUCUCCCCGCGAUCCAAGCGCGCCCAGUUGCUGGAAUCUAUCGAAUGGGAAGACAAGUCCAAGCUUUCAGGCCAACACCCAAAAGUACCAAAGUUGGACUUUGCGGCGGGGGCGAAAGCGACGGGCUCAGUGGGUAAGGAAGGGAAGAAGAAGAAGGCCAAUGGUACGGCGAUUAGUGGGGGUGGGAAGGAGCACCAGCACCAAGUUGCCAAGACUGCACCUACCACUGGCGAACACACCCCGACCACUCCCACAAAGAGACCCCAUCUCGGCUCCCUCGCUCUUCUCAACAAACUCCUCCCCCAAACAUCCCCCUCUCUCAAAUCCCCAGCCCUCACUGCUAAGCGUGUCGAACCUCUUCUCGAGCUUCCACCGGCCGAUACGGCAGACGUGGGCAAGAUGUCGAUCGACCAGCUGCUCGCAGCUGUCGAAGCGCACGAUGCGAAAAAGACGUCCAUGACGCAUACCACCCUGGAAGAGGAAGAGGCGUUUGUGAAACGGACCAUCUCGCUGCGAAAAGAACUCCAAGGGCUCGUCGGGUCAGGCAAGCUUGUGCCCGCUCGAACACUGAGUGUGGGUCCAGGGCAGAGCAGGGCAGUAGUGGUGAUCAUGACGCCCAACCCUUCUAUCCGCCCGCACAUCUCUACGCGCGCCAAGAGGGCCGACUCGAGGAUCUUUAUCAAGCUCGUCGAGUUUGACAAGUCAUUGUUGAACGCUGCCCGGAUCAACGCUGCUGGCAGCCGGCCAGGGACGCCUGGGGGUGAUCUGGGUAUGCCGGAAGGCGCAGAGCUGCCUAUUCGGGAUCUGAUCAUUCGGAGCUCGUGUGUGAGGAGUGUCUUGGAAGUGCAGCAGAGUUCUAUCAACUUUGGUGCGUGUGACAAGGGUGAAGUGAAGAGCAAGACGAUUGUCAUCCAUAACAAGAGCGACACCAUCGGCCUCUUCCGUCUCCGCACAUCCGGCUCCAUCGCCUCUGGCGACCUCAAACUCGGUCUCGGCCGGUACGGUGUCAUCUCUGCCUUUGGCCGCAAGCAGUUCGACAACUUUUCCUUCACCCCGUCUCUCGUCGGUAAUUACCAAGAGACGAUCACGGUGGAGAAUGUGUUGGACAGCUGGAACGACCAAGCGCUAGCUGUCAAGGGGAUUGUGAGGAAAGUGCCGGCGUUUAGGGUGGAACCCGUCAGUUUGGACUUUGGUGUUGCCGAAAAGGAGAAGGAUCAGGACAAGACGCAGAGUUUCGUCAUCACCAACAUUUUGAGACACGAGCGCACCUUUCUGGUGUCUGUCCAACAACUCGACCCGUCCUCCUUUGCGCGUAUCCACCUGACGCGCGAUGAGCACGACGCCGGUACAGCGCUGAGUAAGUCGGAGGAAGAAGAGCUGGAAGCGAUGAUGCAGAAACUCAAGAUUGCGCGCCGGAAGGGUAAAGCGGAAAAGAUUGUCAAGUACGAGACGAGACUUUUGGAGCUUGGUGUACCCAAAGACCAGCUUGGUGCGGGUAUGGACGGUGAGGGGGAAGAGAAGGAAGUGGAUGGGGCCAAGUCGCCGGCGAAGAAGCUUGCCGAGCUGGCUACGAGCGUCCUCGUACCCGCCAAAGAGGAGAAAAUCAACAUCCCCUCAGAGUGCAUCACCUCGCUCAACCUCAACCUCUUGCCAAACCAAAAGACGAAAAUCCUCGUCGACCUCAUCCCGCGUACUGCGCUGCCUCCUGCAGAAGGCGGCGGGGAAGAGGGAGAAACGCUGGCGGAUGUGCAAGCGUGCAUCACGGUGCAUGAUCGGAAGAAUACGGAUGAGACGGUCAGUGUGAGCGUCAUGGCUGCUCGUACAGGAAAACCCCUCGGCAGCCGGUCGAUAGAAGCCUCAGGCAGCGGCGGCAACGAAGACGAGCCUUCUUCCCCUGAAACGGCGUCCCAAACCUCCUUCGACCCGGUGCAUUUAGCGUUAAUCCGGCAUUGCUUGAAAUUGACGUUGAACUGUGAAGUGUCGCCGACGGCAUUUUGUGUAGGAUCGACGCUGUUUUUACCGGCGGCGUCGCAGUAUUAUGGGGUGCUGAAACCGUAUUUCGAGGCGUUCCCGCAGUCGGUGCUGGGAGAGGCCAAGGGGCUGAUCUUGGCGGACGGGUGGUCGAGGCAGAUCCCGGGGAAUACGCACGCCGAGGCGAAUGCUCUGACAAACUUGCAAGCCCGCUUUGCCGAGAUUUCCGGGGAAGAAGGGGAAGAGGAUGACAAGUCUGUUGUGACCCUGUCGACCUUGUCUUUAGAGAUUGCGAGUGAUGGGGAAGAGGGGAAGAAGGAGGAGAAAGGGAAGGGGGAGAAGAUGCCGAGGGUGGAAGAGGUGUUGAAGGAUGCAGAGUGCGUGGCGACGAUGGAACCUUGUUCAUAUCGAACGUCGGGGGGCCCGAGCUGUGCGCUAGAACUUGUCAAAGCGGGUGUUAGGGCUGUCUACCUUGGGGUGGAAGAACCACCAGACUUUGUAGAGUGCGAAGGCGCACGGAUCUUGCAAUCUGGCGGCGUCCAGGUCGUGCGUGUUGUGGGCUUGGAAGAAGAAUGUCUGAAAGCAGCCCGGAGAGGACGGAGCUAG